AUGGAUUUUGUAAACGUUUUUGUGACUUCUGACCUUACUUCAUCGGAGAGACGAAUAUGUCUUGAUUGGACCAUAGAAUUCUUUAAGUCGCGAUUGGAGCUAAUUACUGGAGUUUUAACUGCUGACCAAAAGGUUUGGAUUUAUAAAUCAGCUGAUGCCGCCGAGCGCGAAGAGAUAACAGCCGAAGGAUCACAAAUUCUGAGUGCAUAUCAAAUUAGACCACACACAAGGAUACAUGUCGAUAAUAUGAACCCCAAGUCAAUUCUCAGAGAAUUAGAAGCAGAAUUCAGCGAUGAUACCGGUCAACUCUAUGUGAUUGAUGAUGAGAAAUAUAAACAACGUAAGGAGAGCGCGCUUAAGUGGAAAAAAGAGAACGGCUAUGGUGAAUUCAAUCCCAAGCUACAAGCAAGAAAAUCUUUGUUAGUUCAGGAGAUCGACAAUAGGGCUGAACUUUUCAGAGUCGGGCAAUCUUGUGAGGUGUUGAGUGGAAAUACAUCUAAAUCUGGUGUGAUAAAGUUCGUUGGAAAAGUAGAUGAGAUUGACAAUGGCAAAUGUAUAUGGGUUGGUGUUGAGCUGGAACUGCCUUUAGGGAAAAAUGACGGUAGUCUGAAGGGAAAGCGGUUUUUUGACUGUGAAAAAAACCACGGAUGCUUCGUUAAGCCAUCCAAAAUUCGAUUGACACAGGCCAACCUAGUUUUGUCUUCUCCUAAUUCUGAGAACGAACUUUGA